AUGGCGAAGAACCUAAUUUCACCUGCGUUCUUCUCCUCUUUGCUUUCCAGGUUCAUUUAUGGAUGGAGCAACUUGGGAAACACACAAGUGGCAUUGGGCGAUCUGGAACCUGCAGAAUCAUCCUACAGCACGGCCAUUGAUCUAUGCCGAGAAAACCUAGAACGAACCGAGAAAGGAUUUGGGAUCAAACGUUGCGAUGAUCUUUCGGUAUUGCUACUCAAUCGAGGAAGCCUUCGUCUCAACAAUGGAAGACCCAAGGAGGCACUCGACGAUUUGGAGGGUUCCAGUGUUCUGCGAGGCCGACCCGAUGCCAUCAUUGUUCAAAACUUGGCUCGAGCACGGGAAGUCAAUGGCUACUAUUCGCAGUCCGACCGUGACUACAACUUGGCAAUCAGCAUGACCGCAAACGAAGUCAACCCGUUUUGGUUGAGGUCUGCCCUGGUAAAGCUGCAGCUUGGCGACGUCCAGGGUGGGUUUGACUUGUUGAAGCGGGUCGAUAAUCGAUUCCCAGAGGCACCGGAAGUGCGAGCGGCCUAUGCGACCUUUCUGGCCGCAAAGGGAGAUCAAAUUGCCGCGCAACGCAAGUACCUAGAGAUACCCGAUCGACAGCGCGAGAAAUUCACACAGAAAGAGUACCUUACCAAGGUCGUCACGUGGCCUCCGGCCGCGAUAGAUACGCUGCGUAAAGUCUCGACGGCUGCGGGGGACAAACAAACGUAA